GGGGCCGCCGCUCCCCGCUGCCGUCACGAGCGGGCGGGCGCCGGCGCUCGUCGGGCCGCCGGAGCCGCGGGGGGGUUGCGGGACCGGCGGUUGCCGCGGGGCGGUGCCGGGAGAAGCGGGGCGACGGAGGCUUUAUUAAAAAAGAACUGGAUGCACAUGCUGAAUUUCAUCUGUGAAAGAUGGAGUAAGAUGUGGACUUAACUGAUGUGUGGACGGAUUUGGCAUAUCAUAACAUGAGGAAGAGAGCCCUCUUGUGGUAAUGUUAGAGGAAUAGCAAUUGGAGACAACCUGCUGCACUCUGCUACUCUGUAAGACAAACAUCAGUAAAGCCAAGCAGCAAGAAAAGAAGGGUUCUUCAUGACAAAAUGACAGCAAGAGAACACAGUCCCCGCCAUGGUGCAAAAUCCCGCACCGUGCAACGGGCCUCCACCAUUGAUGUCACCUCUGACAUGCUAGGCCUUUCUCUGGCAGGAAACAUUCAGGAUCCAGAUGAGCCGAUUUUAGAGUUUAGUUUAGCUUGCAGUGAGCUGCUAACUCCAUCGCUAGAUCGAAAACCAAAUAGUUUUGUAGCAGUGAGUGUAACUACACCACCUCAGGCAUUCUGGACGAAGCAUGCACAGACAGAAAUUAUUGAGGGAACAAGUAAUCCUAUCUUUCUAAGCAGCAUUGCCUUUUUCCAAGACUCUCUUAUCAAUCAAAUGACACAAAUCAAACUCUCUGUGUACGACGUCAAAGAUAGAUCUCAGGGAACAAUGUAUUUGUUGGGUUCUGGGAUGUUCACUGUAAAAGAACUUCUUCAGGAGAAGAAUCACAGGUUGCACUUAACACUAAGGUCCACCUCCAAAAAAAUCUCAACGCAGAGUGUUUGUUGCAGGUCGGCUGAAAGUGACCGUGUAGGUAACAUUACAGUUAUUGGAUGGCAAAUGGAGGAAAAAACUGACCAAAGGCCUCCAGUGACAAGGUCACCAGAUACAAUUAAUGGAAGGACUGUGUUGCCAGUUGAUGAAAGUUUAACAGAAUCUUUAGGAAUCAGAUCCAAAUAUGCUUCAUUACGGAAAGAUGCACUACUGAAAUCUGUGUUUGGUGGUGCCAUUUGCCGAAUGUAUCGCUUUCCAACCACUGAUGGAAACCAUUUGAGAAUCUUGGAGCAGAUGGCUGAGAGCAUCCUGUCGCUGCACAUCCCUAGGCAAUUUGUGAAGCUUCUUCUAGAAGAAGAUGCAGCAAGGGUUUGUGAACUAGAAGAAUUGGGAGAACUGUCUCCUUGUUGGGAAAGCCUUCGUCGACAAAUAGUUACUCAGUACCAAACAAUUAUUUUAACUUAUCAGGAAAAUCUAACUGACCUGCACCAGUAUAAAGGUCCUUCAUUUAAAGCCAGUAGCUUGAAAGCUGAUAAAAAAUUGGAAUUUGUUCCUACGAAUUUACAUAUACAGAGAAUGAGAGUCCAGGAUGAUGGAGGAUCAGAUCAGAACUACGACAUAGUCACCAUAGGAGCACCAGCAGCUCAUUGUCAAGGCUUUAAAUCAGGUGGCUUGCGGAAAAAGCUGCAUAAAUUUGAAGAGGCAAAGAAACACAGUUAUGAGGAGUGUUGCACUUCAACAAGUUCCCAGUCUAUAAUAUACAUCCCACAGGACAUUGUUAGAGCAAAGGAAAUUAUUGCACAAAUCAACACCCUGAAAACGCAAGUCAGUUACUAUGCAGAAAGGCUCUCAAGAGCUGCCAAGGAUAGAUCAGCUAAUGGCCUUGAAAGAACACUUGCCAUCCUAGCAGACAAGACCCGGCAACUUGUCACAGUCUGUGACUGCAAGCUGUUGGCAAAUUCAAUACAUGGACUGAAUGCUGCAAGGCCAGACUAUAUAGCUUCAAAAGCAUCUCCAACUUCUGGAGAAGGGGAGCAAGUGAUGCUGAGGAAUGAUCAAGAUACACUUGUGGCCAGAUGGACAGGAAGAAAUAGCCGAUCUUCUCUGCAAGUGGAUUGGCAUGAAGAGGAAUGGGAGAAAGUUUGGUUGAAUGUUGACAAAAGUCUGGAGUGUAUUAUACAGAGAGUGGACAAACUUCUGCAGAAGGAGCGCUUGCAAAGUGACAGCUGCGAAGAUGUUUUCCAGUGCGACAUCAGUUGUACUAGUAAGAAAGGUAAUCGGGACACUCGUGCCUACUGGAUAAAUCCAGAAGAUUUAAAUGAGACCUCAUCAUCCUCACCACCUUCAUCAUCCUCACCACCACCUUCAUCCACACCAUCCUGUGCAUGCCAUUCUCUCAGAAAGACAAAUUGCAGCCCUGCUCCAGAAGAAUCUGGCCCAGGCGAAUGGAGCGAAGCUCUUUAUCCCUUGCUGACAACACUCACAGACUGCGUAGCCAUGAUGAGUGACAAGGCAAAGAAAGCCAUGGUCUUUUUAUUAAUGCAGGACAGUGCCCCGACAAUAGGGCUCUGCCUGAGCCUUCAGUAUCGCAGGGAUGUUGUCUUCUGCCAAACUCUGACAGCUCUCAUUUGUGGUUUCAUUAUCAAGUUGAGGAACUGCCUGCAUGACGAUGGAUUUCUAAGACAGCUCUACACCAUUGGCUUGCUGGCACAGUUUGAGAGCCUGCUGAGCACUUAUGGUGAGGAGCUGGCAAUGCUGGAGGACAUGAGUUUGGGAAUCAUGGACUUGAGGAAUGUAACCUUUAAAGUAACUCAGGCCACAUCAAAUACAUCUACUGACAUGCUGCCAGUCAUCACUGGAAAUCGUGAUGGAUUUAAUGUGAGGAUCCCUUUGCCAAGCGCCUUGUUUGAUUUGUUGCCACGAGAGAUUCAAAGUGGCAUGUUACUGAGGGUUCAGCCUGUUCUUUUCAAUGUGGGAAUCAAUGAGCAGCAAACCCUAGCAGAGAAGUUUGGAGACACCUCACUGCAAGAAGUAAUUAACAUGGAAAGCUUAGUGCGGUUGAAUUCGUAUUUUGAGCAGUUCAAGGAAGUUUUGCCUGAUGAUUGUCUACCUCGAUCUCGUAGUCAGACGUGCCUGCCUGAACUGUUAAGAUUUCUGGGACAAAAUGUACAUGCAAGGAAAAAUAAGAAUGUUGAUAUCCUUUGGCAAGCUGCUGAGAUAUGCCGCAGACUAAAUGGUGUUCGAUUUACAAGCUGUAAAAGUGCCAAGGAUAGGACUGCCAUGUCGGUCACCCUAGAGCAGUGUUUGAUCCUACAGCAUGAACAUGGAAUGGCUCCACAGGUCUUCACCCAGGCUCUGGAGUGUAUGAGGAGCAUUGGAACACGGGAGAUAGUCACCCAGAAGAACCUGAGUGGCUUGGUGCCCAUCCGAGAUUUCAGACUAGAUCCCAGCCUCCUCUACUCUAUUCCUUUACUAGCUCUCAGCCCCAAUUUACUGAUUGUGUGGCUGUUUCUGAGCAUAGCAUACCUGGUGGCCAGAUUACGUUGCAAGUGAAGAUAAGGUUAAAAAAAAAAAACAAACAAAAAAGUGCUUGAAUGUGUAUUGCCACUUGGUACCUGCUGGACAAAGGAAUGUGUCAUAGCAUUGUCUGCCAAGAAUUAUUAUUAUGCCUUACAAUUUACGUUUCUAUUGUACUAAACUGUAAAUAUACAUCAAAUUAUUUUAUCAAAAAGAAUUGUAUUGAAACUUUAAAUUAUUGUUCUGCUUUCAGUGCUUGUAACAUAGUCUGACAUUGGCCUGUUACCUCGUUACUUUAGCCGGCCUGAAGAUCUCUUACCAAAUAUAGUUUUGUGUUACUUGUUUCAUGUAUUCCAGAGAAAGGAACUCUGUCUGAAAAGAAUUUGUAUCUUUUUGUAUAUUUAAGGUGUAUGCUAAUCUUGCCUUUCAUUUUUACAAGCUAUGAAGAGAAAAAUAAAAACACGGGUGGGGUUUAUAAGAAAUUGUAAGAAAUUUAUUUAAAGAAAUAAAUAAACAAAUUUCUACCUUCAUUUCAAAGCAUAAUAUCCAAAUUACAUUGCUGAACAGUUUGUAGAGCCAUAGUCUUGUUCCUUUCUCAUGGUUAAGUAUGUUCUAAUAGACUAGUGUACCCACUCAGAAAACUUGCGGUGUGCUGCAUGCAGAAUUAUUUCAUUCUAUUUGUAGAUCUCCAUUUUGUAAUGUGUUAAAGACAUAAAGAGAAUGACUUGUGGUUAGGAAAAGGAUGUAAUUGGCAUUAGCCUGCUAAUGAUCCAUUAUCUGUUUCAGGUGCUCUGUUACAGAACUUAUUCUGAAACAGGGUCAUUAUCAUUCUAGAAGUUAAAGAUACUGGUCUUUAAUAUUUCAGGCAAGAAGAGGGAGAUAUCAGUUAGCUCCUUUAGUAGGUGGAUUUGAGGUUUUCCUUUUGGCUUUGUUUUAAUUACACUAGACUAAAUAUUACUGUUAUUUCCAUUUUUAAGUGUUGGACAGCUUUAAUAAGUUAUGAUGUUGAUAGUGACUUAGAGAUAAACGAAUGAUGCUAAGUUAACAUUUAUUUAAGUGGUGAGACUAAAGCGGCUUACCUAGUUUAGUCACGCAGAAUAAUUGCAGAUGAAAUUUUAUCAUCAUUUAUAUAGAACAUCAAACUGGGAGAGGCCUGUUUAAACUGAAAAAUUUUGUUGAUGCAGUGGUCUGGCAGAGCUUGUCAAUAGCAAUAGCUGAUCAAAAAACCUAACCUCAUUUAAUGUAGUUUCCUAAAUUCAUGAAGGGAUUUACUUCGCUUGGUGCCUGAGAUGACAGAAAAUAGGGCUUCUGAGGAGGACCCUUCUAGUACUGUGAUUUCUAUUUUCUACUAUAAUUAACUCGCUCAAAAAACCUAAGUAGCUCUAGCUUUUAUUAUCAAUUUUAAUGGAAUUUGAAAGCUUCUGAGAGAGUUAAGCUUAAAAAAACAAAAAAGCAGAGUUAGAAUAAAAAUUAGAAUAAAAUCCUAAAUUUGGUGAAUAUUCUAACUUUAAAAAAGUAUGUGGUUGUAUUUGUGUCUUCAUGAAAUCAGACUGUACAGUACACUAUCUUCUGGUAUUUUUCCUCACUAUUCUCACAAUUUUGUUUUUAAAAGAAAAAAACAGAUUUUUUUUUUUUAUAUACAUAUAUAUACACAUUUGAGCAUACAUCCUAUUAUUUUUAGUUGCAAUGAGUUUAGGUAGAUCCUUACUGCUGAUGAGAUUUAAAAUCAUGGUAUGAUGAUAUUGGAUAUAUUCAUGUCCUGUGCUGAUAACUAGCAGCACUGUGUCUCUGUACAAAUCAUUUCUUCUUUCUGAUUAACACUGGUUCUUUUGCUAUGGGUACCAAAAUCUACCUUUUUACAAAGUAAAUGAAUGUCAGGUUGGACUGUGGCCUUGUUCUUGCAAUGUGAUGAGUGUCCUAGGUUCAAUCUAACAAGAUGUGAAAGUAACUUUAGUAGGCGUAUCUCCACUGAACUCCCUGAGAUUAUUAAUCUGUUUAAAUAAAGUAUGAAGGCUUUGCUCAUGACUAUCAUUACGGUUGCAGUAAGACCACCCUUAAAUUCAUCUAGAAUGAAAGCUUAGGCUUUUUGAAAACAAUGUAGUUUUAAAAAUUUUUUUCUUAAACUUUGGUGGGGACGAGUUUUCAUCUUUUUUUCUUCUUUAACUUACUCUGUGCUUUCAUUCAGAUUUAAAAUGUAAUGCAUACUGCUUACGUGCCUCCAGCAGAAGAAACAUGGCACAUGAAACGGUGUGUGAAAUACAUCUUUGUCACCGUCUCUGUGGCCCACCUGUGCCAUGGAGUGACAUGUGCAAUAACCAGAUGCAGUGGAAUUAAUUAUGAACAGAAUGAUUCACUUUGGAGUGAAAAUGCUCAUUUGCUAUCCCAUAUAUGCUAUUUAAACUUACUGUUUUUAUUAGUGCUCUGAACUAUAAUUUGUGCAAAUUUUUGAUGAAUCUAUUUGACUGCAGCAGCCUUUGGGGGGGGGUGUCUGUGAAACACAAAAGAAUGACAUAAAAAUAGUGUCAUCACAUAUGAUCCAUUCUAUAAAAGCCAGGUCACAGAAUGUGCUGCAGAGGCAAAUUUGAAACUUAAACUGUUUCUUAGAGCAAAAAGUUACAAUGUUUUAUGAAGUUAAACUAGGUGGUUGUCCUGGUUUAACCCCAGUCAGCAACUAAGCACCACGCAGACACUCACUCACUUCCCCCCACCCCAGUGGGAUGGGGGAGAAAAUCAGGAAAAGAAGUAAAACUCGUGGGUUGUGAUAAGAACAGUUUAAUAAAACAGAAAAGAAGAAACUAAUAAUGAUAAUAAUAACACUAAUAAAAUGAC